GUCGAAGGUGAGAAUUUCAAAACAUAUCCAAGGAACCGAAAAAGCAACAAAAAAUAAUUUACAAUGGCAAAUGCGGCUGCAAAGAAAGCGGCUGCGGGUAAGCUACACUCGUCGUUGUGGCGGGCUGGGUUUUAUUUUCUAAUUGAACUGUGUUUAUCGAAGUUGCUGCAAUGCAACGUACUUCUACUUGCUAAUGCCAGAAAAUAGAAUCAUCUCAGGUGACCUCUUCUCUGCCUUGCCCUUUUGUAAUUUCAAUCUAUUGGGUACUGUUUCAAAAAGAAUAGCGAAACAAGAUGCCGCGAAAGUGUAUAUGCCGCUCAUUGUCAUCGUCAACAUUAUAUACGCGUUGUUGCUGCUGGGAACCUCUGAUUCUAUUCCCUACGACGGUACGAAAUGGGGAAUAUUUGGAAUGAUCGUUACCUGGGCAAUGCAGGCAUAUGCCUACAUUGGAAUAUUGGAGAGCAGCGCGAUUGCCGCUGCUAAGAUAAAGAGCAACAAGGACUUGGCAGGUGGAGCAAACCUUGAUUUACUAGCUGUUACAGUAUUCGUGCAGUUCUCCUCGGUGUUGCAUUCAACGCGUUGGUUCGCUGUGACGAUCUUUGGGGUUCCAAUAAUUGCAGGAUACAAGUUGUAUCGAACGAUUUAUGGUUGUGGUGGUGGAGGAGGUGGAGGUGCUGGCACAAAAAGUCAGAAACUCUCGAAAAGCGAAAAUAGCAGCGAUGAUCCCGCGGCGGCCAAACGACAGCGUCGAGCCGAAAAGCGGAGACAGAAAUGGGGCUAACUAAAGUCAACCCAUCGAUUUCACAAUACGCCGCAUGUUCAAGAAAAAAAAAAACAGGGAAAAGCAUAUUUCUAGAAUACGUGUAGAAGACGAUUUGUAAAAAGAAGCGUUUUUCUCAUCCAACCUCGUUUGUUUUCUUUUCAUACUGGUUCUGAAAUUGUCAUCGUGUCAGACAGUAUCCUUCGAGAAAGUUAGUUGGGACGACGAAGGUUCCCUUGUCUGCUUUUAUUUGACGCUUCUCUCCUCUUUAACCUUCGCUGUCCUUGGCCCAGAUCUUGUUCACUGUGAUCGCGACCGAGUUCUCCGUCCCCAAUCUUUCGGGGUUGUUCGUUGGUCUGAGGUGUGUUUACUGGAUUCACAUCUUUGCGUCUGACGGGAUGGACAUCAUUGUUCCCAAAAGUAGGACCUCCCUCAUUAUUUGCCUCAAUCGUUGCAGCGGUGCUUGAUGUAGUCUUCAUAUUGUCCUCUGCAUCAUCGACCUGUCCUAUGUUGUCGUUGAAAAAUGAGAUGAGCGCAGAUUCAUCUAGGUUGUUCUUCCGGGUGGAGGAUUUUCCUUCACCUGGCCCUCCUGUUGUGUCAAUAUCUACAACGUGAUGGUCAUGAUGAUGCUGUAUCUGUUCGUCCCCAAUUUCCGUUGAAGCUGGAAGGAUGACAUAAUCAAGAGUAUGGAUAAUUCCAUUACAAGUUUCCUGAUCAACAGCUAAGAACGACGGCUUGUACAUAUUUUGGUUUCCCGCACCUGUCACGUACGAUACCUCGGCGUUGGCGUCACACCCAAUUUUUGUGACUUGUUGGCUAGCCAUAAUCUGUUUCGCUCCACAUACCAUAUCUUCAUAUCGAAGGGGAUUUUGUCCUGAUAUUGACUGCGUUUGCGAUGAUUUAAUGUUGUCGCCAACAAAGAGGUGGCUCAGGAGCAAUUUAGUAAGAUCGUGGCCAGAAAGGAGUGCUGGUGAUGCAUUUUUCCCAAAAGCUCUCGAGAAGGCUUCGUUUGUCGGUGCGUACAGAGUAUAGCUGUUGCUACUAGGGGACGAAAGAACAUCAUCCAAUCCAACCUGCAUGAGUAAGGAACAUAUUGUACUAAACUUAUCGUUGUUCUUGUCGUCGCAUAAGUUUUGCGUAAUCGAUUGGCAAGUAACAGCUGAUGUUUCAGGUUGAGAGGAAUUCGAAAUAUUUGCUGCAGCAAGAGUCUUAUUACCACCAUCUGACAAUUGCUUUUGUUCUAUUGCUGGUAGAGGUUUACCUUUGAUAAAUUGGAUGGAACCACCGUCCAAAAUUGGAUCGCCACCAGCCUCUGUCAGCAAGUUCCACUCUGCUACGAUCUGACCAUCUUUGUAGCCUGAAGCUGCAGAUCGUAACCACUCCAUGUUAAAUCCAUCACGAGAGUUAUCUCUACCGUAUGAUAUGGCGUUCAAGCUUACAGUUCCUUCAUUUAAAGUUGUAGUAGGCACGAGCCAAUCAACAGCUAAAGCAUUCCGAAACAACAAUAAUCCUGAAGAAGUUCCAUGAGAUUCUUCCAACGAUCCAAACCUCAACGGAAGUAUCGAAGCUGUUGUUGAGUCAUGUCCAGGAGCAGGGGCAAUGGGAAAGAAGACAACAUUUUCAUUUGACUUCUCAUGAGAUCCAAUGCAUAAGUAUCGAGAAUUCAUCCCUCCUGCCUUGGUAACUGUUGGGCAAGACCCUCCAACCGCUGAGUAGGAACUCUUCUCGAAUGGUAAGGAUCCAACGGACUCGAGAACGACGACUUCGCCUGCCGCACCGUCUUUGUUUAUUGUAUCGUGUAGAGCACCUUCAUCUUCAAUGUAUAAAUAGUAUUUCAAGUCGGCUCGUACUACAUCAGUGAGGAGGCCGAGAGAAACGAAAAUGGAAAGGAAAAAUCCUGUUGUGAAAAUCGCUGGGGUCAAAAGCAUAGUGGAUUUUUUAUUUUGAGGCAAUAGCGAUUCUCAG